AUGCCCAGUGUGCAGUGUGAGCUUUUUUACUACGGCGGCUGCCAGGGCAAUGACAACCGCUUCCCCGACUUGACUUCCUGCAAGGAGUACUGCAGCCCGCGAAAAUCGGUUCCCGUGCUGUGCCUGGACCCUCUGGACAAAGGCAAAUGUUCUGCCUCCAUACCACGCUACUACUACAACAAGACCACCAAGACCUGCGAGGAGUUCACGUAUUCAGGCUGCGGUGGGAGCAGCAACAAUUUCGUCUCCAGGCACAGCUGCAUGGACGUGUGUGUUAAAGGAGGUAAAAAGGGCAGCGGAGGAAAAAUGCGCCGCCUGAGACGAAACCGCAUCACUUUCUUGCAAGCGUAGACUGACGGACUCCCGCGCACGCCUGUAUUUUCCAUAUUUUGACUUUGACGGCAACAUGUUCUGUUGCACUUUUGAGACUGUAAGAUUGUAAUGUAUGUUUUAUGCGCCGGUAGACGAAGCACUAUUUUGUGUAAAUAUCUAUAUUUUAUAAAGUAUUUUUUACUAUUU